UAGAAAUUAUUACACAAAUGUUUGUUUACCCGAAAUUUUUGAAAAAAUGAAAAAACGGAUUAGUGAUGAUUUAAGUGAAAUCGAGUUUUUAUCUCUGUCUGCUGAUCUUUGGUCUUCUACUGAUUUCAAACAUAACUUAUUAGGAUUGACAGCACAUUUUGUUACACACGAUUUUAGUAUUGGAUGGCUUGUGCUUGGAUGUAUCCCUAUUAAAGAAACACAUAAAACUGGAAGUGUAAUUGCGGGUAAAAUUAAUGAUCAAUUGGCUCUCUUAAAUAUUCCAAAGGAGAAAAUACACGUGUUAGUGCGUGAUGCAGGUUCGAAUAUGAUUUCGGCUACAAAAAUUCUAGAAAUUUCUGCGGUCACUUGUUUUGCCCAUGUUAUUAAUUUAGUUGCAAAAACUGGUGAGAAAGAAAUUUCAAUGGAUAGCUUGCUUAUUGAAAAUGCAAAAAAACUUGUCAGAAAAAUAAAUAAAUCUGGGAUAAAUAGAGAAUAUUUGAAGCAAUUACAAAACUCUUUGAAUAUUCCUGCUACGACACUAAAGAAGGUUUGAUUCAAAAAUAAAAGCAAAAGUAUUAAUUAAAAUCUAGGGUAUAGAGAUAAGAUGGAAUAGUAUGUACUUAAUGCUUGAGUCUUUAUAUAACAACAGAAACGCAAUAGAUAUGUUUGUUGAUUCUCGAGAAGCAGUUCAGGUUAAGCUUUACUCUUUAUAAAUUUAGCAUUUUAUCUUAAGUUCAACAAAAACAAGGACCUUCCUAAAUUUACUUUGGUCGAUUGGGAAAAAAUAAAAAAGAUAAUUGAGUUGCUGAAACCCCUUUAUACAAUUACAUUAGAAAUUCAAUCAAGAAGUGUUUUGAUUUCUUCUAUAAUUCCAUAUUAUUGUUGGCUGAAGCAAGAACUUAAAAAACUUGCAGACGAUUUUGAUGCAACUUUGGCAAGAACUAGCAUGCUUGAGAGGCUUGAAUGUCUGAUGAGUGAAUGGAAAAGAAACAAGUAUAAAUAAUCGAUUUGCUUUUUAUAUAAAAUUAUAGAAAUUUGGUCAUAUCUACAAUUUUGGACCCAAGAUUCAAAUUAAAAUUUUUUGACCGUGCGGAUUUACCAGAUUUUCAAAACUGGAUUGAACAAGAAUUGACAACAGAACGCUCUUCCCCUCCCAAAUCUAUUGAGGCCCAUUCAUCACCUGAUCAUUUUUUGAGUGAAUUACUGGUAUUUUUCAUUAAAUCA